AUGGAGGAUCAGGAGAAAUUAGACGCUGAGAGCGAGUUGCUCAGCCAGCCUCUGUCGGAUGACUCUGAGUAUAAGAGCACCCAGUCUCCCAUCGCCGUAGAUACCCACACGAUGUCAAGCGCCCUGAUGCUUGCCUUGGAGCCGUACCAAUAUGGGACAGACUUUAUUCUGAAUAGGAAUAGCAUCCCGCGCCUUCAGAAGGAGCUGGACAAACUCAUUGGCCGGACAGCUUCAAAGCCGCGACUUAGCCUUCGCAUGGGUCAGAAGAAGUACAUGGACUUGGAGCUUAUGAGCUCUCUGGUUUUGGACUCGGUUCAGGCUGUCGCGUCUGACAGCUUCUGGGAGUGCUUCGAACGACCAUACUCGCGGCCGUGGAAUUGGACUUUCCCUCUUUGGGUUACCUGGGCAACUGGCUGCAUCAUCCGCUAUUGUAUUCUUUUACCUAUCCGGGCUUUUCUCUUUCUGUUUAUGCUUGUAUUCUGCCUCUUCGGGACUCUUAUGACGUCUGUUUUGGUUCCAUCGAAGCGUUUGCAGACACAUAUUCAACGGCGCAUACUUAAGAUAGGCUAUCACCUUACCCUCUUGUCUAUAGGCGCUGUUGUUCUCAUCCAUGGAUCUAUCCCGCACACCCAAUCAGGGAGAAUCUACGUUGCUAAUCACACGACUAUAAUGGAUGCAAUAAUCUUGAGCUCAAUCAAGCAGUUUGCCAUUGUCGGACAAAAGUAUAGUGGCCUCCUGGGCAUUAUUGAAGAACGUAUCCUAGGAUGCUUGGACCCUGUAUGGUUCAAUAGGUCUGACAGAACCGAGAGAACUGAGGCAGCGACAAAGAUCAAGAAUCGCAUUUACGACGAAGGAGCUAAGGCGCCUCUGCUUUUGUUCCCAGAGGGAGUACUUGUCAAUAACCGCUUCAUAAUUAUGUUCAAAAAGGGAGCGUUCGAGCUUGGUGCAGAGAUUUGCCCAAUAGCAAUCAAGUAUAACGAGACACUGAGCUCUCAUGCAUACUGGUCUUCUCGGGAUGUUUCUUUCUAUAGAUAUCUGUUUGACUUAAUGACGAAUUGGAUAUUGAUUGUUGAUGUUUGGUUUCUUCCCCCUACGUCUAUUCAGGACGGAGAGACGCCAGAAGAAUUUGCGGAAAGAGUCAAACUGAGUAUUGCUCGAGCAGCCCGACUGAUACCGCGACCGUGGGAUGGAUAUCUGAAAUAUACGAAAGCCACAAAGUCUAUGCACAGAAACAGAAAGACAGAGCUUUUGCACCAAAUCGGAUUUUCUCCAAAGGAGAUUGAUGAAAUGGUUUCUAGUUAA